GCUACGCAGCAUUAGUGGUGGAGGCACCGGCUGAAUGGCAAAUAGGCCAAUGAAAUGAAGAGCGUCCUGCUCUCCUCUUUAAAGCGGUCAGUUACAUGCUUGCAUCUUUAGCCCACUUCUUCGACUCCUCUGGUUUUUCUUCCCAUGCUAUAAAUACAGCAACUUUCAUCAUGCAGCUCCUCAAUCUAUUUGUGAUUGCAUCUAUGCCAGUUUUGAAGGUACUCUUAAUCACAGCACUCGGCUCAUUUUUAGCACUGGAAUAUGUAAAUGUCUUGGGGGAGGAAGCAAGAAAGCAAAUUAACUCAGUUGUUUUCUAUGUGUUUAAUCCAGCACUUAUAGGUAGCAACUUAGCUAAAACAAUCACUUUUGAGAGUAUUUCAUUACUAUGGUUUAUGCCAGUGAACAUCCUUGUUACAUUUAUUAUUGGCUCUAUAUUGGGAUGGCUACUCAUAAAAGUCACAGCCACUCCACAGCAUCUAAGAGGCCUAAUAUUGGGUUGCUGUGCAGCAGGAAACCUGGGAAAUUUACCUUUGAUUAUUAUCGCAGCAAUCUGCAAAGAGAAAGGCAGUCCAUUUGGAGCACCUGAUGUUUGUUAUACUUAUGGAAUUGCUUAUGCUUCACUUUCCAUGGCAAUAGGAGCUGUUUUCUUGUGGUCUUAUGUUUAUAACAUCAUGAGGAUUUCUUCUAGUGAGAUGAACCAGCAAGUUGACAAUGCUGACUCAGACACUGAAACUAACAUUAAGACAACUGUAGGAGCACCAAAAUGCAUCCAAGGGAAUUAUUACUCUGUAGAUCUUUCUUCAAAAGAGAGCUUAAUUUCUGCUGAGCUUGCAUCUCCUUUACUACCAGAGAAUCAGGAAAUUGUUAAGAAUUUGUCAUGGACACAAUUCAUAGACAAGAUUAAGGAAAGAUCAAGGAAGAUUUCAGAAAAACUUAAUCUCAAGGCACUAUUUGCACCUUCAACUAUUGGAGCGAUUGUGGGAUUUGCGAUUGGAGUUGUCCCUCAAAUUCGGAAGUUGUUGAUCGGUGCUAGUGCUCCUCUUCGUGUGAUUGAAGACUCUGCUUAUUUACUUGGAGAUGCAGCUAUUCCAAUUGUGACUCUGAUAGUUGGAGGAAACCUUCUUAAAGGUUUAAAAGGCUCAGGAAUUCGAUGGUCACUCAUUGUUGGAAUAUUAAUAGUUCGGUAUGUUUUACUGCCUGUAAUGGGAGUUGUGACUGUCAAAACUGCAGUACAUUUUGGUCUGGUGCAUUCAGAUAAAUUGUAUCAGUUUAUUCUUCUGUUGCAAUUUGCAGUUCCACCAGCAAUGAACAUAGGUACAAUGACCCAGUUGUUUGGAAGGGGACAAAGUGAAUGUUCUGUGAUAAUGCUAUGGACAUAUGCUUUUGCAUCAGUUUCACUUACACUCUGGUCAACAUUUUUCUUGUGGAUGCUGGCUUGAAGACGUUGACACCUUGCAUUUUGACUUUUAUAGCUAUAUGUUCAAGUAAUUUUUUUGACAAACAAAAUUAAUGCUUACAAAUUCAAUCUUAUAGCGUAAGGAUGACAAACAAAUCUUUGACAAGUACACGUGUUCGAUUUUAAUGCGUACAUUUUUUAUUAACCUGCAA